ACGGUCCCCAUAAACAUUGCCUGGGGUUUGGAUUCGAUCCGGUCACAAAUGACUUUAAGGUGGUUAGAGUUGUGCACACGGGUGUGGGUUGGGAUAGUAUUGAGAUUGAGAUUUACACGCUCAAGACUGGUCGUUGGCGGUAUAUUAGUGAGAAAGCACUUCCGUUAAUGAUUAAGGAGCAAUAUCGACAGGCUUAUGUCAAUGGGGCUGCCCAUUGGAUGGCAUUUCAUCAGGGGACUCUAUUGACCCGUUUACGCUUUACGAUCUUGUCGUUCAACAUGAGUGAUGAGGUUUUUAACGAGAUAUUGGUUCCGGAUAGUAUUAUCCAUGAGGGUUGCCUUGUUGUAUUUAAGGAAUCCCUGUGUUUGUUCCAGCACUGUGUAAAUGAUAAUGACAAGCAUUAUUCGGUUUGGAUGAUGAAGGAGUAUGGUGUGGCAACUUCUUGGGCCAAACUAUUCAGAAUCGAUCUUUGUGGAGGUUUGUGGAGGCCCCUUGGGUUGAGAAAAAACGGUGAAGUUAUAUUUUCCACUCGUGAUGAGGAUUUGGUUUCUUGCAAUUACCAAAGCAAACAGAUUAGCUAUCUUGGAAUACAUGGCACAUCCGGCGACGGAUACUUGAGCUGGCACGCAUUUUACAUGGAUACUUAUGUAGAGAGCCUGGUGUUGCUAAACAUGUUGGAAAGUCCUGAAAAUACAGUUGUUAGUGGCCAGAAUAAGAAGAACAAGAAGGAGGAGGAGGAGGAGGAGGAGAAGCAAAAGGAAGCAGCAGGGGGAGGUGAUGACAGUUGGAAAAUGGAGUCUCUAGACUUGUGGAAGGAGCAGAGCAUUAUGAGGGUGUUCCGUUUCUUUCUGUCCUUUUAUGUGGCGAUGAUUGUUUAGUAGGUCGCUCCGUCUCUAAGACCUAAAUUAUGUUUCUGUUUACUGAGGGUCAGAACUCAGAAGUGGAUAAUUUUCUAGGUGAACUCCCAUCUGUUGCCACUGAUCCAAAGGUCCGAUCUGGUCCAUGGGCCAUGAAGUAUCUUGAGUGCUUUAUGUUUUGAGAUUCUUUCUUUUUGCUCCAAGGUUUGUGAAUAAUAUGUAGCUAGAUUGUUGGCAUUAGAACCAUCUGGAGUGGUCUCCUUGUGUGGAUGGUAGACCUUCAUCAAUUCGCUGCAGUUUGAGCAUGCUUGGGUGUCCUGUGGAUAAAAUGUUUCUACCACUUGGAAGUGUGAACUGCUACUGUU